AUGGCUUACCACCGUAAACGAGACAGGGCCGUAACCGGCAGCCCAAUCACCCGGAAACCGAGACCACAGGAGACAGACACGAGCUCGGAUUAUGAGCCGCAGGAUCUCGUGGUCGAAGAGGAGGUACAGAAUCUUCCCGCAACGACCCGCAGACCCCGCGGACAAAGACCUGUAACCUCCGAUUCGAAAACAGGCGAUCCUCUCUCUACUACAGGAACUCAGCCAACUCUUGGCAAAGCCGUUCGAGUGCCGCGACCCGACAGACCCGUGAACGGGACGAUUCCUCCGUGCAAAGUCAAAGGGAGGAACUUCUGCGUUCUGACGAACGAUUACCCAAUGGAUGUUGUCAGCCGGGUGGUGGACGACAACAUUCACAAAGUCAAGGUUCUUUACGAAGAGUUACAUACGGUGGCGGAUCCCGAACUCUUCCCUCAGCACAUCGACGACGGGCCGGCCGGCAAAGGAGACUUUGCAUGUGACACCAAAUCCGAAGAGCUCCAGGUCGGAUGGGCACGAGACGCCGUCAGUAAAGAGUGGAUGGUGGUCGUCAAUACGGAUCACUUCCCGCAGAAAGUCCAAGUAGAGAAGUGCCUGCAACCUCGAGAGCCCUGUAGAGCGAUCGAUGCUCUGUUCGAAUCUACUUGUCAACAGCGCUUCAGUUUACACAGGCUGAUAGCGUUCAGGCCGUGGGAUCCGGAAUCGUCUCCCGUGGUUUCCCUUUUCAAGUUCCCAGCGGGUUGCUCGUGCCGGGUGGCGCGCAGAGCCUCCUCGAGAAGACGGAGGGGUCGUAUCGAGUAA